AAAGCGCAUGAACAUUAGCAGGAGCACAGCGCCCACGCCUGCAUGUUGCGUUCGCGCAUAACCAGUGCCUGCAUGCGCGAGGUGUGGCACUCGUUCGACUGUGUGGGCACUGGUAGAGUCAGCAUUUGCCCACUCCAAUGGGUACUUCAAAUUGCGCGUAGAAAGUAUUUACCGGCCUCUAUUACUUUCGAAAAUUUGAGAGCGACUCUGAGGUGAAACACAUCGCUGUGAAGACCUGAAAGCCCCGGUGUCCUUACCAUUAGGAAGGACAAGAAAUAUGGCCGAGAUGAUGAUAAUAGAUACUGACGCGGGUAUUGACGACGCCCAAGCGCUCAUGCUGGCGCUUUCAAAUCCUUCUCGCUGCAGCGUUGUUGCCAUCACAUGUGUUUCAGGCAACGUGGAGUUGCCCAAAGUCUAUCUCAACGUUCUCAGGGUCCUCAAGCUGUGUAAUCGUUUAGAGAUCCCGGUCUACCAAGGCUGCCAGAAGGCCUUGAUUCCAGGCGGAAUUGACGGUAGCUUGUAUCACGGCGAAGACGGUCUCGGAGGAGUUGCGAACCAGUACCCACUACCGGGAGACGAGUACAGGCACCUGAAGGGCCACGCUUCAGUCGUCAUGGUAGACCUCGUACGCAAGAAUCCAGGCAAGAUAAGCAUGAUGGCCUUAGGACCCCUGACGAACUUGGCUGUGGCGCAACGGUUGGAUUCAGACUUCCUGCGGCUCCUCAAAGAGCUCGUGAUUAUGGGUGGAACUGUGAACGGGGUAGGCAACGUGACUCCAGUAGCAGAGUUCAAUUUCUUCGUUGAUCCCGAAGCUGUGAGCGUCGUUCUGGGUGAGGCGUCGUGCAAGACCAGGAUACUGCCCUUUGACGCUUGCAUGAGAAGCAACCUCGACUGGCCAUGGUACGAUCAAUGGACGACGACUGGAACCGAGAGGGGCAAUUUCGUGCGUGCCAUCAACGCAGCUAUGGUCGAUCGAUACAGAAAUGUCCUCCACUAUCCUGGCUUUAUCGCCUGCGAUCCCUUGGCUGUGGCUGCGGUCAUAGACCCGGCUUGCGUCAUAAAGACUGAGACGCUUCCAGCCGUGAUCGAGCUUCUCGGCUCUACAACCAGGGGCGCGCUCGUAGUGGACCACAGGAGCAACAAAGGCAAGGCUGCACCGCCCCUUAGCUUCGAGUUCCUUGCGGAGUUCAACAUGGUUGCUGUCAAGGAGAUGUAUAUGCGCAUGCUCCGCUUCGAAGCUGCAGCUGCUGAACCAAGUGGCGCUGUUUAUUCUCCUAGAACCAUCUCUAUGGAAUCUUUACAGAACAGCACAGCGAGCGAAAACCUUCUCAUAGUCGACACCGAUGGAACAGUGGGGGACGCUCUGGCAAUUCUCCUUGCCUGCACGAAUCCCGAAAGGUGCAAGCUCCUCGCGAUCACUUGCGUGAUGGGGUUCGUUCCCAUGAGCACAGCCUACAGUAACACGCUGCGAAUUCUCAAUUUCUGCGCACGGCAGCAGAACAUCCCUGUGUACAUGGGCUGCAAAACAUCCCUCGUUAACAAGGCCCAACAAAAGAGCGUUCGCAAGUCGCCUUCCACGGAUGAUAUGAGUAGAAUGCCCGACGACCUUCCUCUCCCGAAGGACGUUGUGGAGGUUCCCAGGGACCACGCCGCUGUCGCUAUGACAGAAAUCGUAGCGCAGUAUCCCGGUGCGGUGACUCUGGUUGCUCUGGCACCCUUGACCAACGUGGCCGUCGCCCACAGGCUAGACCCGGGCUUCCUUCGAAAUUUGAAGGAGCUGGUCAUCGUGGGAGGCACUACGCAAGGUCAAGGAAGCCUAUCCGCCGAGACCAGUUCCAGUUUUACCUACGAUCCAGAAGCUGCGAAUAUGAUCCUGACUGAAACUCAGUGCAAGACACGUCUGGUGCCUUACGAGACCUGUCUCAGCCAUGCCUUGGAAUGGGACUGGUACCAGAACUGGGUGAACUUGGGCACCAAGAACUCGGAACUCAUCAAGAGGCUGACUGCACUCUCGGUAGACCGACAGCGCAAUGUGCUGAAAAGGCCAGGAUUUGUCUGCUCCGACCUGGUCACCAUGGCGACCGCCCUGGAUCCUUCAGUGACAACAUCCAGUGAACGUUUUCCUGCGAGCGUUGAGUUUCGUGGCACCGUUACCAGGGGGAUGCUCGUUGUCGACCGUUGCUCCAGCACACAGUGGAACAAAUUUCCCCCCAUAAAAUUUCCGCUUCAGUUCAACAACGAUGUCUUCAAGGCCUUGAUUACGAAGAUGGCGGUGUGAAUUGCACACCUUUAAUCUCACCCAUCUCCUUUUGCAUGCAGCCACCUGCUCAUCAGCAGUACUACGAUGUCGGAUCGUGCUGUGUAGCAAAGCGCUGUCUAAAUCGAUAUACUCAAUGAUAGUAUGGAGCGAGUAGCCCACGGCGUCACUAUGGCUCAUAGAGCCUUUGAAAGAUUAAAAUCAAUUUACAUUCUC